UUGAAUUAAGUUGGGUAGACUUGGCCCGGGUCAGCGUCUAUUCUCCAUGGCAAUCGUCAUCGUCGUCUUCUCCAAUCCAAUCGGCGCUCACUCCGCCGGCCGGCCGGCCGGAGCCCCUCUAUAAAUACUAGCCUAGGGUGGCCCGAACCGGCCGGCCGGCUCGACGCACGCAUCCUCCGCCUGCCGCACCCGCCACCGCAACAAGAGGUUCGAAAUACUCCGAUGGCUCCGCCUGCACGGCCGCCGCGUGUUGGGGAGGACAUGGAGGAGGGCACAGGCGAGAGCUCCCCACCUCCUCGGUCACCACGUGCGUUCAACCCCGACCUCCACGAGGUGCAGAGGAAGAUCUGCGAGCGCCUCCGCCAGACGGCGCGGCAUGACCGUACGCUCGCAGACCCCACCUUCAACGCCCGCUUCGCCCGCCACCUCGAGAGGUUGCCGCGGAGGUACCUCCUCGACCUCGACCUCGAAGACAAGGUGGACGAUGUCCUGCUGCACUGGAGGAUCCUCGACGAGUGCGCCGACCCCAACAAGCGACCCGUCUUUCACGCGCGGUUCCUAAAGUAUAAGACAGUUCCCAUGGAGGAUGACGGCAUUGGCCAUAGUCAAGGUCAAGAGGAGCCGUAUCAAAAGUUGUUGGAGGAGCUCAGUUUGGAAAGAAGAAAGACUGUGGACAGAAAUGAUUCCAUGUCUAUCUCCUCUAAGACUAGGGACGAGUUAAAAACUGUCCUCCUUCAUGAGAUCAUUUUCUCCUCCAUCGACAGGCCCAAGCUCCUAAGCCGGCUAACUGCGUUGCUCUCUGAGGUUGGGCUGAAUAUCCAGGAAGCUCAUGUUUACUCCACAAAGGAUGGUUUUUGUUUGGACGUUUUUGUUGUUGAUGGCUGGAAGACGGAGGAGACUGAUGACCUGAUCGCGGCGAUUAAGGAGACAUUAACACAAAAGAAUGCUUCACCAUCUAAUUCAACAAAUUCUUCAACAUCGGAGAGAAUAGUUGACCUACAACAAAAGGUUGGAGAUUGUGAAAUUGACUUAAGCAUGCUAACAAGGGAGGAUAAGAUAGCAUCUGGAUCGUCUGCAGAUUUAUAUCGAGGAACUUAUAAAGGCCAUGAUGUUGCUAUAAAGUGUCUCAGAUCUGCAAAUCUCAGCAAUCCUUCACAAGUUGAGUUCCUGCAGGAAGUGCUUAUUCUAAGGGGUGUUAACCAUGAAAAUAUUCUGCAAUUUUAUGGGGCAUGCACUAAGCAUCCAAACUAUUGCAUUGUAACAGAAUACAUGCCUGGAGGGAAUAUAUAUGACUUUCUUCACAAGCAAAAUAACUUCUUGGAACUCCAUAAAAUUCUAAGAUUUGCUAUCGAUAUCUCAAAAGGAAUGGAUUAUCUGCACCAGAAUAACAUUAUACACAGAGAUUUGAAGUCUGCAAAUCUUCUGCUAGGCUAUGAUCAAGUUGUAAAGAUCGCAGACUUUGGUGUGGCGCGACUUGGAAGUCAGGAGGGGCAGAUGACUGCUGAAACUGGAACAUACCGAUGGAUGGCACCAGAGAUAAUUAAUCAUAAGCCAUAUGACUACAAAGCGGAUGUAUUCAGCUUUGCCAUUGUUCUUUGGGAGCUGGCAACUUCAAAGGUCCCAUAUGACAACAUGACACCCUUGCAGGCUGCAUUAGGAGUAAGGCAGGGACUGCGCUUGGACAUUCCAGCCAGCGUGCACCCAAGAUUGACCAAACUGAUUCGACAGUGUUGGGAUGAAGAUCCUGAUCUGCGUCCGACUUUUGCAGAGAUCAUGAUAGAACUCCAAGAUAUUCUACACUAUAUUCAGGCACCGAAGGGACCCAGUCGUCGUUCUAGAGCAAAGAUGCAGAAGAAAUCAGAGGGAUGAAAAAUACAUAUGCGUACCCAAGGCGAAGGGGUCCCAGUUCGUUUUUUUGGGUGGGGUGGGGGGUUAUACACAACUUAUAGUACAAGUGGUUUUAGCAAUGGGAGCAGAUAUUUAUGUGGUGCCGUGCUGGUGUACAGAUGUGUCAGUAUAGGCUGUUUGUGCUUGGGCAUUUGCAGCUGAUAAAUCAUCACGCUGGACUGUAUUGUGCUUGGGCAUUUGCGGCCGAUAAAUCAUCAUGGUCCACACGGGAACGUAGAGUAUUUUAAGGAUAGAGUAGUAGCCUGAGCACAUACCGACCUUAGCUCAGUUGGUAGAGCGGAGGACUGUAGUAAUUGCAGAUCAAUCCUUAGGUCGCUGGUUCGAAUCCGGCAGGUCGGAAGUUAUUUGAACAAUUUUUAUCCUUUUUGUUUCUAUUGCUUUUUUUUUUGUUUCUUUUCCAUCAUGCAAACCACAAAUGUGUCGCACACUGUAUCAUGUUCCUUUUUGUUUCUUUUGCUUUUUUAUAUUUCUUUUCCAUCAUGCAAACCACAAAAUGUGUUGCACACUGUAUCAUAUUGUUGUUCCUUAUUGGGCCACUCAUAAUAAUAAUAAUAAUUAGUCCAUGUUGUGUCUGUCAAAA